AUGGUGAAACAAGAACCCAAGAUUCAAACCAGCAGCAAGAAAGAAAUGUCUCUGUCUUCACCAUCUCAUUCUUCUUCGUCUUCAACUUCAACUCCCCUUAAGAUCAAGAGCAAGAAGAAUAAGAUUAAGAAGUACAAAGGAGUGAGGAUGAGAAGUUGGGGAUCAUGGGUUUCUGAGAUUAGGGCACCAAAUCAAAAGACAAGGAUUUGGUUAGGCUCAUACUCAACAGCUGAGGCAGCAGCUAGGGCUUACGAUGUUGCACUCUUAUGUCUCAAAGGCCCUCGAGCCAAUCUCAACUUCCCUACAUCUUCUUAUUCUCUUUCUCAACAUCUUCUCGAUGAAAAGACCAUUUUGUCCCCCAAAUCCAUCCAAAGAGUUGCGGCUCAAGCUGCCAACAGCUCAUUUGACCUUUUCUCCCCUUCUUCCUCAACUUCUUCUACACCGUCGGAUCAAGAACAGCACCAUGAUGAUAAUGACGAUGAUGGGAUGCAAUCUUUGAUAGGGUCUUUCGUGGAUAAGCAUGUGUCUUUAAUGGAUCCAUCAUCGUCAUGGUAUGGUGAUGAAAAUAAUGGGAUGUUCUUCUUCGAUGAUGUAGCUCCGUUCAAUUACUCUCCUCAGUUGAACUCGAUGACGAAUAUGGUCGAUGAGUACUAUUACGAAGAUGCUUAUAUUCCUCUUUGGAGUUUCAGUUGA